AUGGUUGAGAGAUUAGCAUCGGAUUUUGAAAGAGAAAAGUACCACCGCCAUCUCCGGCGAUCCUACGUGGAAUUGAAUCCGAAUCGAAAGUGGUGCCAGGCCCCGGGGUGUGACCUAGCAAUCGAAUUUGAAUUCGACGCGAGCCUGAUCCACGACGUCGUCUGCGGCUGCUCCCACACCUUCUGCUUCCUCUGCGCGGCGGAGAGCCACCGCCCCGUGUCGUGUGAGGCGGCGGCCGAGUGGCUGGCGGCGAACAAUUCCGAGGCGAAGAGCGUCGCGUGGAUCGUCUCCAACACGAAGCCGUGCCCCAGCUGCCACCGCCCGAUCCAGAAAACCCAAGGCUGCGACCACAUGACCUGCAGAGCUCCCUGCCGGUUCCACUUCUGCUGGAACUGCCUCUCUCCGAUGAGAAACCACGGCGACACCUGCCGCCGCCGCACGGCCGAGGAGAAGGGGAAGACGAAGCGGCCGGAGAGCGACGCGGGAAGAUACGCUCACCACCGCGAGAGGUGGGAGUUUUGCGAGAAUUCGAGGAAGGCGGCGGCGGAGGAGCUGGAGCGGGCGAGGUGGCGGUGCGGCGGCGGGAGAAUGGGGUUUGUGGCGGCGGCGUGGGAGCAGAUUGUGGUGUGCCGGCGCGUGCUCAAGUGGUGCUACGCGUUUGGGUAUUACGUGGCGGAGGCGGGGCUGUUGGAGUACUUGCAGGGGGAGGCGGAGGCGGCUGUGGGGAUGCUGCAGCGGUGCGCGGAGGAGGAGAUGGGAGAUGAAGGGGUUUAUGUUGAUGAGGAGAAGUUUAGGGUGUUUGAGGUGAGGAUUUUGGAUCUAGCACGUGUUACGAGGAAGUGUUUCGAGGAUUUGGUUGUGGCGUCGGAGAAUUGUUUGACUGAAGUUGGGAGGUCGAAGACGAGCAAUCCCCAGAGAAGCUCUGACUCUGACUCUGAAUCUGAAUCCUCGGACUCAGAAGAGUUAGAGUAUGAGGAGCCAAAGAGGCAUAAGUUUUGGAGGUUGAUUAAGAGACUUAAUUAUCUUAUAAGAACUAUUUGA